UUUCCACUCAAUGCCCAAGCUUUUUUCCCUCUGCUGAAACCCACCCUGUCUCCCUGGUCCUUUAUCGCGCCGGAAAUACGCCCUGACUUCUCUUCCCUUCGAAGAAACGACCUGCAUUCACCUCCCCUACCCACUCCGACUCACCGGCCAAGUUGGACAUCUGGCGACCGUUGACCGCUUCCCCCCCGCACCCUCCGGUGUUCUGCCUUGAUCUGCGCAUUCUUGAACAACCGACAACCUGAGCUACGCCGCUCCUCCUGCCUUCGGUUUUGGGUCUCGCGGCUUGUCGAUUACAUUCUAAAACGGGACUUCCAGCUCAGUGGGAUCACAAGAAGUUGAACAUUAAGUGUCGACGUUCGAGUUGAGCUAGCUCGAGGGAAAACAUUCGUGAUGUUUCGGCAACAGCAGAACGCCUUUGAUGACGCUGUCGCCAAGGCGACCGACGAGAAUCUCACCUCCGAGAACUGGGAGUAUAUACUUGAUGUCUGCGACAAAGUAGCUGCGGAGGAAUCUGGUGCAAAGGACGCUGUCGCUGCCUUGAUCAAGCGACUUGCACACCGCAAUGCCAACGUGCAAUUAUACACUUUGGAGCUCGGAAAUGCUCUGGCGCAAAACUGCGGACCCAAGAUCCAUCGCGAGCUAGCGUCAAGAAGCUUCACGGACGCCUUGUUGCGACUUGCGAGUGAUAGAAAUACCCACCAGCAAGUUAAGUCGAAGAUCUUGGAGCGCAUGCAGGAAUGGACGGAGAUGUUCGCCAGCAACCCGGACUUCGGGAUUAUGGAACAAGCCUACAUGACUUUGAAGACACAGAACCCUAACCUACAACCCCCGUCAAAACCCGUGAAAACGGAAAUCACAGACGUUGAUCGCCAGAAGGAAGAAGAGGAACUCCAGAUGGCUUUGGCCCUUUCGAUAAGGGAGAAACCCACACCCGCUGCCGCUGCCAGCUCCGCCGUCCCUCUGGAGCAUCAGCCCGAAUCUAGCUCUGGCCCCAUCAACCAAGUCCAGGAAGUGGCUUCUCAAGCUGUGCCUUCAGGUACUUCAGCAGCCACCGUUUCGCGUGUUAGAGCGCUUUUCGAUUUUCAGCCCUCGGAGCCGGGUGAACUGCAGUUCCGCAAGGGCGAUGUAAUUGCCGUGCUUGAGUCGGUGUACAAAGAUUGGUGGAAGGGUUCUCUGAGAGGACAGACUGGCAUCUUCCCUCUCAACUAUGUCGAGAAGCUACCUGAUCCUACUGUCGAGGAGCUGCAGCGAGAGGCUCAUAUGGAAACAGAAGUCUUUGGACAGAUCAAAAAUGUCGAGAAGCUCUUGACGCUUCUUAGCACGCGUGGCUCUGAGCCUAAUGUGCAAGAAAAUGAGGAGAUCACAAACCUAUACCACUCAACCUUGGCAAUCCGACCUAAGUUGAUCGAGCUUAUUGGAAAGUACUCGCAAAAGAAAGACGAGUUUACGCAGCUUAAUGAGAAAUUCAUCAAAGCUCGACGGGACUACGAGACUCUUCUGGAGGCAUCUAUGUCGCAUCCCACUCAACCGCAAUAUGGUAGACCAGGUCAACCUCAAUACGGGUAUCCCGGACCUGCGUCGUCUGUGGGCUAUCCUCAAGGCGCUGACCCUCAGCGGUACUUCAGCCCACGCCCUCAAGAGAGCCAACCCGUCCAGUCUAACACAAAUCCCUACUAUGGAGGAGACCAAGCGCCUGUGUAUCCACCUACUUCUCAGUCCCCGGAUCCGCGCACCCAGACUCCUCCUGCAGGCGCUCCAUACCAACAGCAACAGCCUGCUGACGCUUACCAACCAGUGCAUCACCGACCCGAGUCGACGUAUGACCACCCUCAGGAAUUAGGGACGUCCGUUUAUGAUUCGCCUGUAGACCACCCUGCAGGUCGACCUCCAUACCCCAGCGCUAUGCAACAUUUCCAGCAGCCGCCCCAGCAAGAGUACUCGUAUCCCUCUGAGGAUGCAACCAAUGUACCUCCCACCGGGCAACAGGCCCCAUACCCUCCCACUCCUGCAUCCCAUCAACCAGCGCCGAUGCACCAGCCUCCUCCGGUCCCGGGCGCAGCCAACGCCGUACCCUAUCCUCUCAAUCCCGGAGCAGGCUACCAAGCAUACAACCCUGCUGGCGGUGCCCCUAACUCCAAUCCCGCAUCGUUCUAUCGAUAAAUCCAUCUUGCCUAUGAGAAGCUAUGAGUGUUUAUCGCCUACCUCCUGGCCUCGUCGAACGGGACCGCUAGAUCAUAUGAUUUGCCGAAUCUUGAAUCUAAGAGUAAUUGGAGGGAGACUGUUGAGAACUUAUCCAUCCCCAUCAUCUUAUCCCUCUGGGUAGCUAUACCUGCCCGAGCUGCGACGGAACAAAUUAAAAUUCCGCGAAAUGUACACGUAUGGGACAUUCUUGAAGCUUCAUGUUUCAUCACACUUCUUUGUUGCGUGUUAAUUAAC